AUUUGGAUUUAUUUAUUUGAACUUAUAAAUGGUAGCCAAGAUAAGAUAAGGCUGAAUAGAUCCGACCUGGAAACUUGAAGAGAGAGAGAGAGAGAGAGAUGGCAGAGUUGUACAUCAAGCAGGCAGAGCAGUAUGCAGAGGGCCGGCCUUGUUAUCCUCCGGAAAUGUUUGAUUUCAUUGCUUCCAAGACACCAUGUCACGAUCUUGCAUGGGACGUCGGCACCGGAAGCGGCCAAGCUGCCCGAUCUUUAGCUGGUAUUUUCAAGAAUGUCAUAGCCACGGAUACAAGCUCAAAGCAGCUUUCAUUCGCGCCAAGGCUACCCAAUGUUAGAUACCAACAUACUCCUCCCACCAUGUCUAGUGCCGAGCUUGAAUGCAAUGUUGCACCCCAAUCAAGCAUUGAUGUUGUAACUAUUGGACAAGCCCUCCACUGGUUUGACCUCCCAAAUUUCUACGAACAAGUGAAGUGGGUACUCAAAAAACCUCAUGGUGUCAUAGCUACAUGGUGCUACACUCUGCCACAAGUUAAUGAAUCAGUCGACGCACUCUUCCAACCUUUUCAUUACGUUUCCGUGGACCCCCAUUGGGAUGCAGCACAUAAAUUUAUUUUCGACAUGUAUAGGACCAUCGAUUUUCCAUUUGAGCCAGUGGAUGGAGCUGAUCAUACUGGACCAUUUCAGUUUGUAACAGAAAGAUUAAUGGAUUUAGAUGAUUAUUUUACAUACUUUAGAUCAAGGUCAGCAUAUCAAAUAGCAAGGGAGAAGGGUGUGGAGCAUUUGAGCGAUGAUGUGAUUGAGGAAUUUAAGAAUGCUUGGACUGAAGAUGGUUUAGACAAGAAGGUUGUUAAGUUUCCAAUUUAUCUGAGGAUUGGAAAAGUGGGGAAUUUGUAAAUCAAAAGACUAGUUUAGAUAAAUUGUGGUGCAUCUAUAGGAAUUUGAAAUAAACCAUUUUGUUUCAAUGGAGUGAUAGUCUUGAUGGAUU